AUGGAAGAGACGAACGACGGGCAAGGCUUUAGAGAGGGAGGGAGGAGGAGGGCAACUCUCAGGGCGGAGUCUGGUGCUGUUUCGGGUCGUCUAGCAGAAUGGGACCCUUCUCGAGUCCCGUUCUGGUGGGGCAAGACGCGGGUACCAGAAGCUCUAGGACGCCUAUCUGUCGCGAACCGGGAGGUUGUGGGUCGCCGCUGGUACGUGAGGCACACGGAGGAGCGCGCACACGCUCACAGACAAGCGAGCCGGGAGAGAAGGCCACCUACUCACGAACUGAGUGCAAUCGGCGGAGGCCUGCUGACGACCGAGUCUUGGCGUCUCUGGCUGAGUCGUCUCCGGGGUCGCUCUACCUGUCUCCUCUGCUUCCGUGGCCCAGUCUGUCUGGCCGUAUGUGCCAUGCCUUUGUCUGCGCUACUCUCCAUUCUCUCUAUCGCUUGUCUGCUCGUUCCUCUAUGGGCCCAGAAAUUAGUCUGUCAGCUAGUCGGCCUCACUAUGCCACCAUCUGUCUGUCGCUCUGCCAGGCAACUGCGCGACUCUGGCGCAACAACACAGCCCAUUGAGUGCUUGAGAAGGGCCACCCAGGACCCGGCUAAUUCGCGCCUCACGCUUGGCAGACUACAGAAAGCCAAUCCAAAGAGUUUCGGAGGGUGA